AUGGAGCUAGAGCAUAAAGCUUUUUGGGCAUUAAGGCAAUUAAAUCUUGACAUGGAGGUCGCUGGUACGAGUAGAGUCACAGAACUUCAUGAACUCGAUAAGUUCCAUUACCAUACUUUUGAAAGCACCAGGUUGUACAAGGAAAUGAUGAAGAUCAUGCGUGACAAGCAUAUUCAAGAGAGUAUUUUAAAACCCAGAGAUGUCGUGUUGUUGUAUAAUUCAAGAUUGAAACUAUUUCCGGGUAAGCUGAAAUCUAGUUGGUCAGGACCAUUUAGAGUGGUGCAAGUACUCUCAAGUGGAGUUGUAGAAAUUGAAUUCGAGGAUGGAACGAACAGGUUUAGAGUUAAUGAGCAAAGGUUGAAACAUUACCUUGGCAUGGAUGAGGAAAAUGUUGUAUCGGUGAUUCAUUUGAAGGAGCCUCAAUGGUUGAGUGAACCUUAA